CCUCCCUAGCAACUUGUAGUCCGCAGGGUCCCCCUGCUCCUAUAGAGCCUAAUGGAGCAGCUGCCCUGCCAGGACUACGUCUCCCAGAAUCCCCUGGGCUCCAGGCAUCUCCCUUUGCAUGUCUAUUGGCCUGCUGUCCUGAGGAAUGAUGUCAUGAUAAGAAAAGCAGGGAGAACUCCAGUGCCUUUUAUUGUGCAUGGAGCCUGUGCAGAGGACGCCUGCUGCUGCUGCUGCUGCUGCUACUGCCGCUUGCAUCCAUCCCCAGCCCACAGAUGAGCUGCUGAUCACAGCCGCACACACCCCAUUCUAUUGUAUGCACCCUUCUCAAGCUGUGUAAAUGAGUAUGGAAGAUUAUGAUUUCCUAUUCAAGAUCGUUCUAAUCGGAAACGCCGGGGUGGGGAAGACCUGUCUGGUGCGGAGAUUCACCCAGGGUCUCUUCCCUCCUGGCCAAGGGGCCACCAUCGGGGUAGAUUUUAUGAUAAAAACGGUGGAGAUAAAAGGUGAAAAAAUAAAGCUCCAGAUAUGGGAUACGGCAGGGCAAGAGAGGUUCCGUUCCAUCACUCAGAGUUAUUACCGCAGUGCCAAUGCCUUGAUAUUAACCUACGACAUUACCUGUGAGGAAUCAUUCAGGUGCCUUCCAGAAUGGCUGAGGGAGAUAGAGCAAUAUGCCAACAACGAGGUCAUCACUGUGCUUGUGGGGAACAAAAUAGACCUGGCCGAGAGAAGAGAAGUCUCCCAGCAGAGAGCUGAAGAGUUCGCAGGCUCCCAAAACAUGUUUUACCUGGAAACCUCUGCCAAAGAGUCGGACAAUGUGGAAAAACUGUUCCUGGACUUAGCGUGCCGCUUGAUCAGCGAGGCCCGGCAAAAUCCGUUGGUCAACAACGUGGACUCUUCUUUGCCGGGAGAGGGAAAGAGCAUCAGCUAUUUGAACUGCUGUAACUUCAACUAGUAACCAGCUCCGGCCCGUUGACGAGCAAGAAUUUUUUUUUUAAAAGGAACAUUCAGUAUGGGCUGAGAGUCCUUGCCGAGUUGGAUUCUCUCUGCAGGUUGGUGCCGAAACAACCGGCAA